GGUUCCCAGGUCGCCACACACUUGGAGCAAAAGGAAGCCCUUUCGUGUUCAUCUUCCAACAUUUUUCUUCUUUAGUUUGGUGUUGUCAUGGACGUAAUAGACAAACAGGCAGCAGACAUACAACAUCCACCGCUGUUCCCAUUGACCACUCACUGCUCUACCGGUACCCAGCCAGGAACAGCGAGUCUCACAAGAUCCCACCUGGGCGACACGGCCGGGCAAGCUGCUUGUACCCGUUCGACUCUACACCGUGUGUUGCCAUGAAGUCGACCUUGACUGGACUCUCAAGCCGACGGGUUACCCACCGACGUUAUUGACUCGACUUUCCUUGCAUCAGCCUGAGCGUGCAGUUGCGAGUCGCGCCGGCGCAUUCUGGCCCAGUUCCGAGAAGCUGCUGAAUGCGACAGAGGGCAAACAACAAACGGCUUGGACGUUUUGACCGCCAGACCACCCCGGGCCCAGCCCAGGCCUAGCAAGCCACAUGGCGCCCGACAUGUCGGAUUUGACGCUGGGGAAGCUCUUGAGAAAGAGUCGGUCCCUCCGUCGCGGGAGGGCAGGGUCUGUGGGUGAGGGCGCCGAAAGAGAUGCAGACAGUAGCAGCAUCGGAAGCGGCAGCGCAACUGCCUCACUGCCGAGAGGGCGGUCCAGGCGCUCUAGCAUCAGGCGCAGUCACACGUCUGAUGUGCUUGGAGACGGACAGAUCGACGACCAUCCCAAGUCCUCGGUUCAUGUCUACAACCUGGCCGAUGAUACGGAGUCAGUGGACGACGAUCCCAGCCUUACAUCCUGCGACUCAGAAGACCCCGAACUCUCUGUUACAGAACGCCCGGCUGUGAUCUCGAAUCACCCGUCCCAGAUCGGCUACCUGACCACCAACAACCCCCUCAUACAAUCCGUAUACUACCAGCAAGGCUCCCAGCCUUCACAGGGCUCAGUCACCACGGAGCAUCCAGGAGAGCCCGACCCGUUUGGGUCACAAAACUCGGUGGGACUUGCGCCUCCAGCAUCGCAGUCCAGUAGGAGAUCACCCUCGCCUGUGGGACGGCUCAAGGGCGUUUUUAGGUCCAAAAAAAGCUCCUCGAAGCUGUCUGGGGGCGGGAGUGGAGCAUCUAGCCCAGAGAGGCGGCCAUCGACCGCAGGCCCAAGGCUGUCCACCGACAUAACCGAUGCCCACAAGCUUACCGAUCCUCCCAAGACCCAUCCGACGACCGAUCCCGACACAGACUCCAAGAAUGCUGCUAUAGAAGAGCGGACGGAACAACAGAGAACAGGUUCAUCAGAGCGCUUUCGUCGCCUUUCUAGGGGCCAGUCCAUUGUCACAAGCACGCCGCCGGGAACCCCUGGUGCCUCGGAACAGGGCACUCCAGUAAUUGUCAACACCCCCCCAACGCCGACCGACUCUACCAGACCCAGACUACCUAAGCUUCAGUCUCCGCCGCAGCAGAACACCGCCCCUGCCGAGGAUCCUACGCUGAGCCAGCGACGUGGCAGAUCGGGUUCCGCAAGCCUGGUGCCCAGCAAGUUGUCCACCAUCCACUCCGCACCGCUCACACCAACUCCCGAGAACGGCCUUCCCACGCCUUCCAACCCGGCUUCUGGAUUCUUCGGAUCUGUGCUUUCCGCCGCGCAGAACGCCGCCAACACUCUUACCAGCACCAUCCAGAACACCAACAUCAGCCCGGGUAUCACCAAAAACAGAGGCCUAAGCCCUGCACAGAACGUGCAAAGCAGCCGAGUCGAAGACGACAAGGUCGAGGUCGAGCCCUCCGUCGAGGCAUCGAGUGACAGGGCAAUGGAGUCGCACGAGCCUGCCGUCAAGACCCUUGGCUCGGGUGACCUCAGCUUGAGCCACCUGGGCAUCGAGCCGGCUGCCAGGGCCACCACGCCCACGAAGCCCAGUUUUCCAGAACAAAUCGAUGUCAACCGAUCACGAUCCGAGUCGGCGCCAGCGGAAACGACCCCUGUCAAGCCCAACGGUGACGUCCCGUGGGAUGACCUGCAGAGGCCGCAGUCUGUUUACCAAGGUUCAGAGCCGCCGUCGCACGGCGAGAAGACACCGCCGCCGGGGAGUUUGCAUGAGGAAAUCACCGGUAUACAUCGGAGUGGCAGUAUCAGAAGCGCCAUUGGCCGUCACAACAGGAAACGUGGUAGCACCAACGGCACCGGAGGCACUGGCAAUACGAUUGGCGCCGCCCUUGCUUCUGCAAAUGCUGCCCUGUCACAGCCAGGCAGCGUAUCUGGCGCGCCGAAACUGACCGGGUUUGCUGUUGCGAGCAAGAAGCGAAAUCGGGACUUUCACGCUUUGUUCAAGAGCGUCCCCGACGAUGACUACCUUAUCGAGGACUACAGUUGUGCUUUGCAACGUGAGAUCCUGGCACAUGGACGACUGUACGUGUCUGAGGGUCACCUGUGCUUUAGCAGCAAUAUCCUUGGAUGGGUCACCACGCUGGUAAUGAGCUUCGAUGAGAUUGUGUCUGUAGAGAAGAGAAGCACAGCUCUGCUGUUCAAGAACGGACUGAUGAUCUCAACGCUCCACGCCAAACACAUCUUCGCCAGUUUCACAAGCCGAGACUCCACAUAUGACCUCAUCGUGAAGAUCUGGAAGCUGGGCCAUCCCGAACUUCAGAGCUCCCUCAAUGGGGUUCGUCUGGAUGAAACAGGCGGCGACAAGACUGAGAAGGUCGACGCGCAGUCCAUCGUCGGCAACGACCAGAGCGCUUCAGCCUCUGCCGAGGAGGAUGUGGACGGCGACGAGGACGAGAGUGACGACGGUGACGACGUGUACGACGAGGACGAGGAUGACGAUGACAUCCCUGCGCCAAGCCAGGCGGCGGACCCGCCGCUUCUCGAGUCCGCUCUGGAGAAAUCGGUAUCUCGUAAGCCCUCAGGCGCUGUCACCGCUAGUGUACCAAACGAGAAGCCCAAGGAUGCGCCGGCAGGAGCACCUGGCCAAGAUUUCCCCGGCCCAGCUACACAUGCCCCCACAGACUGCGGCGACGCCGACACACAUUACAAGAAGAUCGUCGGAGACGACGUUAUUCCGGCACCACUCGGAAAGGUCUAUGACCUGAUGUUUGGCCCAACUGCAGUCACAUGGAUGGCGAAGUGGCUCACAGUGGAUCAGAAAUGCACAGAUCUGCAAUCGGAAGACAAGAAGGGGCUUACUCUGGACAACAGAACAAGGAACUACACGUAUAUCAAGCCGCUGAGUGGCUCGAUUGGCCCGAAGCAGACCAAGUGUAUCGUGUCAGAAAACCUCGAGAGUCUCGAUCUUGAGAAGUCUGUCAACAUUUUGGUCAGCACACAAAACCCAGACGUUCCUAGUGGCAACGUGUUCAGCGUGAAGACCAAGUACUGUCUCUCCUGGGCCGAAAACAACUCAACGCGGGUGCAAAUCAACUGCGUCGUGGAGUGGACUGGCAAGAGUUGGCUGAAAGGUCCCAUCGAGAACGGUGCCAAUGAAGGUCAGACGCAAUACUGCAAGGAUCUUUUCGCUGGUCUCAAAGCAGCUGUGUCAUCAAAAGCCCGCCAGCCACUUGCCCCAGGGGCCGGAAAGGGCAAGAAGAAGGGCAAGAAGGGCAAGGCAGCUGCAAUCUCGAAUGUCACUAGUGACACCGAGGAGGCUACCAAGGCCUCCUCCAAGCAAGAUUGGGGAAUGCUCGAGCCGCUACAUGGAAUUAUGGGCCCUGUUGUGGAUAUUAUCGGACCAAUUCUCACAGGCAACGUUGUAUACGGUCUUCUUGUUGGCCUGCUCGUCGCUGCUUGGUUCGGCUUCGGUUUCAACCCGAGACCGACCGCUAGGCCGUACGGCUCGGAACUUGGCUUCUACGGUUAUCCUGACCGACUCGCCGCCUACGAAGAAAUGUGGCGGCGCGAGGAGAGCGAGCUCUGGGAGUGGCUCGAAGAGCGCGUGGGUAUGGACCGUCUUAACAGCGGCGAGAUCCACACGCGGAAAAAGGUGGUUGAGCCGCGCACAAUGGCCGAGAAGCUGAGAGAAGAUCGCAUGGACGAGAGUGAGGUCAGGGAAGCAAUCAGGAUAACCGAGGAGAAGCUGGAGGUUCUGAAGUCGGUUGUCAACAAGAAACAUUAAUCACAGGCAAGGAGGGCAGGGAUUGGUGGGUGGCUGAGUGUUAUUUCAAGGAGAAACAGUACGGAAAUACCCCUACGAGCCGACAGAGCAUUAUUCUUUUUUGUUGAAUCUUUCCAUAUUUAUUUUGUUAGGAAGCAAAGCAUUAGCGGGGUGUACAUUACAGAUUCGGCCCUUGCCUCUUUUUUUGUCUCAAAAUAUAACAUAUUUCCAAUA